AUGUUGCUAUGGGACCGACAAGAUUGCAUCCCUCUGGGAAGAAUUCUUUCGGAAGACGACAUAAUUGUCCUCCUCACACCUGUUGUUGUUCCUCACAACAGAUUCGCAGACAAUGACAAGGAUCCUUUCGAACCAUUGGGUCGAGCCAUUGCUUCCCGGCACCCUUUGGUCCGCCAUGUUCCAUACACGAAAAGAGGUGGCAUCACCAACGUUCACUUUGAAUUCAUCAAAAGGGCCAGGGCGAUCGUCUUUGUCAUAUCUGGGGCCCACGUAGACGACGAUGUCUCUCAGAUCGAUUUGGCCGAUGCUGCACGAACAAUGGCAGACGAGCGGCCGCAGAUUAUAGUAGCCUGCUGCAACCUCCAAGCCCAUGACCUCCACGUUGAUCACUUUGCUACGCUUGUGCAAAUCGCAGGCUACUCACCAUCUGAGCUAGAAUCCGCAGCUUCGAUUAUUUUUGACGAUGUUCGUCCACUGACCAUUAGCUCAGUUCCCGUCCAAAAUCUCAUCAUCGCCCCAAGAGCUUGGGACGUCGAAGCUUGCGGUCUUGAUAUGGCCCCAGUCCAUCAAUUGUGGACGGAAUGCCUUCCUCCCAGAUUUCACCUUCCGCAGUACUUGCUUGUCUUGCUCCUUCAGAGAGAUGGCUUCUCCAGGCACUACGUUGUGCGCGAACCGGAAAAUAAGCAGAUUGUCGGGUUUUGCGCCACAUAUACAACAUAUCCAGACGGAGGCCAAGAUAAUCUGCUCGGCUCGCUAGCUGUAUUGAUUGUCAAGAACUCAUAUCGCGGAAGGGGAGUGGGAUUAACUCUUCACGAUUAUGCGCUCAAGCAGCUCCAGAGAACUCGGGGCGUCAACAGGCUGCAGCUGGGAUCAGCCUUUCCACGUCUCUUUUACGGCGUGCCAUCUGACUUUUUCUCUCGAGAUUGGUUUUCACGCCGAGGCUGGAAAAUGGACGGGUUACAGCCUGGUCAAGGGCAGGAGGCUUCAGACUGGCUCCUCAAAUUUGGAGACAUGCCGGUAAAAAGCUUUUCGUCAGCUGGGCUGACUUUCAGGCGAUGCGGUAUGAUGGAGUACCACCGAGUUUUAGACAUUGUCAGUCGAGACGCGGCUCGCAAAGAUAACAUGGGAUGGUACGACCAGUACUACAACCUAGACGGCACACCUCAUAUCGAGGACAUCGUCCUCGGUCUAGAAGGUGUCACUAUUGUGGCUGUUGCUUUGACCUACAUUCCCAAUUCGGGGAGUCCAGCCGGCAGCGACUUACCGUGGACGAGGACUAUUGGCGCGGAUGCUGGGGGCGUAACCUGCAUUUGCAUCAUAGAUGACCAUCCCGAAAUGGUGAAUAGCCGGGACUCUGUGAUGAUCAGAUUGCUCGAUAUGUGUGUCAAGUUGCUCGCCGAGCAAGGCAUGCGACAAUUGUUCAUCGAUGGUGUCAAGGGAGGGGAUGACGGUUUCCAAUCUUUGGCCAUGGAAUCGCGUUAUACAGUCCAGCAGACCGAAUGA